UGUCGAUGUGCUGCCACUGCUUCUGCAUUAAUGUAGUCAGUUUGCGCAACAGGAUAAGAAACAAAAAAACAUCCUUCCUCUUUGUGUUGAGAGCAACCUUCCUGGGUCACACAUCUAGAACAGACAUUGCAGAGCUUCAGUCAUACGCACCAUGAAGACCUUUACCUUGAUAACUGCUUUAAGUCUCUGCAGCAUUAGCUGGAUCUCUGUCUCAGUGUCUGAGUCUCAGGUUGUGGAGGUUCAGUCUGGUGAAGAAGUCACACUGCAGUGCAUCAAUAGAUUAAUAUAUGGCUCUGUGGCUUUCUGGUUCAGACUUGUUAACAGAACCAAGAUCAACUGUAUCUCUGUUAUGAUCAGGUCUGGCAGCGAAGCUGAACUCUGCGAUGGCUUUCAGAAGGGAAAAUUUGAAAUGAGCUCCAACAUCUCUACUGUCUCUCUGAACAUCAAACAAGUGGAUUCAUCAGACUCUGGACUGUAUUUCUGUGGAUUCUACACAAGUGGACGUCCAGUUUUCACUGUGAUAUAUUUAAAUGUUGCAGGCAGUGAUGAUGGAUCACAUGAUAACAUGGACCACUCAUCUAAAAAAGAGUGUGAUGGAAUAACAAAGUUGACGAGUGUGAUCCUGGCUGGUCUGACUGUUUUCCUUGUAAUGGUCAUCAUUGGUCAGAUGGUUAAAGUCAGGAAACUUAAGACAGCUGCGACUGAAGGGCAGAAUUCACUUGUGAACAAGAAUCUGGACUCUGAUCAGCUGAAGGACACAGCACUGACUUUGUAUUCAACAACAAUAAGAAGCAGGAGGCCUGCAUCACAGAGAGAAGUGGACACUCAUGUUAUUUAUGCUGCCUGCAGACAGACAAGAAGAAACAACAACAGCUCAGAGUGAAACUAAUGCUUCAUUAAUCUGCUGGUGGAGUAUUGUGAGGGUAGCGAUACACACCAUCAACUUAUCCAAAAAUGAUGUCAAAUCAUCUAAACAAGUUUGAUUCAUACAAAAUUGUGUUGUGUGUUGUUGAGUUAAGCACCUGAUGAAAAUCAUUUUUAAUUCUUUAAUGUAUUGUUUGUGUG